AGUGACUUAACAUUCCAGGAAUGGGGAAAGUUGUCAGUUCCAGUUGAUUUUUGGAUAUGGUUUUUAAAAUUUAUCUGACAGUUAGGGACUGUGAGACAUAAUUCCAUCAACAAUGCAGAGUCCUAAUCUUUGAGGUCUCUGCUCCCUAAAAGAGCUCUUCAUACCCCAAGAAAUGGCUCAGGUACCUUAUCUCCACUGGCAAGUUUUCUCCUAGGAAGUGGUUUGGACAGCUCCCCAGAGAGACUUUGAAGACCCAAGGGAUUGAUUUUUCUUUUCCUUUUGAGGCUUGGAAAGUAAAAUGGGGGAAGAUGAGAGGUGAAGCAUUCUAACCAGAUGAGUUUUUUGCAUAUUUAGCAGUAAGAUGUCAUUUCAUAACUAAAGUGAAUUUAUCCUGAAGAGAUACUGUAGGCAAUUUGGUGGUAAUGACCCUUCAUACAUAACAAACUAAGGGGGCUCCCAGGGACUAAGAGGUUCUGGCUACUAGGCUCUAGAACACUACAUGAUCUUCAGGCUCAACUUGGGCCACAGCAUGAGUUGUAUGCAGAGAAUGUAUGUUAUUAUAAAUCAGCCAGCAAAUUCUGACCUGUCGGAAAACCAUUCUUAGCUAAUUCUGUAAAAAUAGGUGGCAGAUUUAGCCCAUGAACUAUAAUUCAUGACCUCUGUUAUAAUGGUGACCCAAGAUUAGGAUCAGUGAUGAUUUAGAAAGUAUCAGUGUUGCACCCCAAUUAACCCAAGCUCAUGAUUUUGAAUCAGUAAAUCAUAUGUGAAUCAUGAUUUUGUAUCAGUAAAUCAUAUGCGAACUGCCCUUUACAUCUCUCUCACACACGCAGCAUUAAGAUCCAGGACAUAGUCCUUCAGAAGUGGCAAUAACUGCUGGUCUAUGUGGUCUUUAAGGGUCCAUUCUGUACUUUUUUCCUCCAUUGAUAUCUACAUCAGACUCUACAUCCCAGAAGUCAGGGUACCUAUUAAAUACCAUACAAUCAGGCUUUGCGAGGAUAAAUGUUGAAAACUAUCUUUGCAUAUAUUUUGAAAAUAAAAAGCUAUCAUUUAAAAUCAAUACAACACAAAUCCCCUUAAUACAAUAUAAGCUUAUUGUCAGCAGGGACUACCAAAUGGUAGACUCCAUAAAUGUUUGACUAGAUGACUGCUAAGGGAACUUCCAGUUCUAAAUGUCAUAUGGAACGAUUAAUGUGAAUUCCAAUUCAGUUAUUUUUCAGUAGUAUCCAAUUCUUUGUAACCCUAUUUAGAGUUUUCUUGGCAGAGAUGCUGGAAUGGUUUCUCCAUUUUAAAUCUCCAAUUUACACAUAAGGAAACUGAGGCAAACUGAAGAAAGAAGUGUCUGCAGCCAGAUUUGAACUCAUGAGUCAUCUGAUUCUAAUCCCAAUGCUCUGCACCAUCUAGCUGUUCCCAAUAUGAGUUCCAUCUACUUUUCAGAACAUUUCCCACCACAACUUAAUAGCUCUGUGAUCCUGGACAAGUCAAGUAUCUUCUCUUCAUUGGUUUCCCCGACUGUUGAGCUGUUUUAUUCUCCCCAGUAGCAAUGUGUGGCUGUGAGAGCUGAGCCCCACAGAAUCAAUGCUUUCCAGGUGUGGUCCUGGAGAACACUUUGGAGAGUCCCUUGGACAGCAAGGAGCUGUUAAUACUUAAGUUCAUUCAGACUAAUCACUGGAAGGAGAAGGCAGGGCUCCUUGUGGGGGAGAAGCCUCUGAUUCUGGUUAGGAUUGAAGGCAAAAGGAAACUGGGAUGGCCGAGAAAGAGAUGAAUGGCGGGUGUCGUGGAAACAACGACCAUGACCCUGGCCUGACUUCCCAUGGGGUCCAUGAGGUCGGCAAGAGUCAGACGCCACUUGAGAACAACAAAGGUGCAUUAAUGAUACCGCCCACUUUGCAGGGGACAGAAUUUGACCCUUAAGCAGAACCUCAAAGAAAGGGCCGCGAGUGACCACGGGGAAUAAGAGCAUGGCGAGCCUGGAGAAAGCCGGGGGGCUGGGGGUCAUUUCUAAGGCCACGGGUGAAACGAGCCUAGAAAGACGGGCUGGUUGCACAUUAGGAAGAAGAGCUUGCAGCUGAUGCCGAAGCUUCCUCGGCCGGGCUCAGAAACCCCCAGGUCCCGAUUCUGGUAGGCGGGGAUUUGGGGCGGAGUGAGGGUGGGGGGCACCAGACACGGGGAUCGCAGUUCCAGAGCUGGGGACGCGACGGCCUCGCUCGGAGCGGGUCUCGGGGUGCUCUGGAAGACCCUUUUCCUUACAAACCACGCCAGGAGCUUUGCGUUCGGUGUGCCGAGAAAACUCACCACAGGACCCAGAAACCUUGCUCUGCAGGCAAACUACAUUUCCCAGGAAUCUCUGCGGCGGACAGGCUCUACCUGUAACCAUGGAAACGGGAACAGACGGACCCAGCAAAAGAGACUUCAGAGGAUUGGUGAGGAGAGAGAGGCGAGGCCGGAAGAGGAAGGGCCAAGUCAAGCAGGUACUUAGUGUCACUUCCGCUUCCACGUGAUGCUCGUGUCUCAGACGCGCCUCUAUCUGCUUCGGGCUUACCUCUGAUUUUUAGCGACCACCGGGAUUGGAGCCGCGCAUUCCCGGUCGGACUCCGCCUUCCUGCUCCUUCUCUGCCGCAGAGCAUGGCCCCGGUGCUGCUGACCGCUCAGACCCCGCAGGAAUCACUUACAUUCAGUGAUGUCGCGGUGGAAUUUACGUGUGAGGAAUGGAGACACCUGGCCCCCCCUCAGAAAGAGCUGUACCGGGAGGUGAUGCUGGAGAACUAUAGGAACUUGGUCCGCCUCGGACUUACGGUUUCCAAGCCAGAGGUGAUCUCCCAGUUGGAGCGAAGGGAAGCACCCUGGACACCAGGAGGGAUCCCGAGGAGUAGCCGCCCAGAUUGGGAAACUGCUCAUGGAACCAAGGAGACAGCUCUAAAACUGGACAUGUCAGUAGAAGAAUCAUCCUGGGAAUGUAAUGCCAUGUUAAAGAGGCACCAUAACAGUGAGGAAAAAAAUCCUCAGAAAGGAAAAAUAACCCAAAAAAAACCUGCAAUUAAGUUGAGAGGCUGCAAAUAUAACAAUCAUGACAGUAGCUUCAGUCUGGAGCACAUCCCUUUUGCCCAACAGAAAUUAUCUGUUAGAAUGAUUCUCCAUAAAUGUGAUAAAAACAAAAGGCACUUCAGACUGUCUACAGACUUAAGAAAACAUAAGAGAAUACAUUCAAAGAAGAUAUUUUCCAAGUAUAGUGAAUAUAUGAAAUUCUUUAAGUACAACUCACACUUUAUUGAAAAUGGUAGGCUACAAAAUAGAGAGAAGCAUUAUCUCUGUAAUGAAUGUGGGAAGGCCUUCAGCCAGAAAGCCAGUCUUACUCAACAUCAUAGAAUUCAUACUGGAGAGAAACCUUAUGAAUGUAAUGUAUGUGCGAAGACUUUCCGCCAGAGCACAGGACUUAAGCAACACUGGACGAUCCACACUGGGGAGAAAUGUUAUAAAUGUAAUGAAUGUGGGAAGGCCUUUCGUCUGAGAGCACAGCUUAUUCAACAUUAUCGAAUUCACACUGGAGAGAAACCAUAUGAAUGCAAUAAAUGUGGGAAGACUUUCCGCCAGAGCGCACAACUAACUCAACAUCAGACCAUUCAUACCGGAGAGAAACCUUAUGAAUGUGCUGAAUGUGGGAAGACCUUCCGCCUGAGAACGUUACUUAUCCAACAUCAUAAAAUUCAUAUUGGAAAGAAACCUUAUCGAUGUAACGACUGUGGGAAGGCUUUCCGCCUCAGUUCACAGCUUAUACAACAUCAGACAAUCCAUACUGAAAAGAAACCUUAUGGAUGUACAAUAUGUGGAAAGUCUUUUCAUCAGAGAGCCUUACUUACUCAACAUCAGACAAUUCACAGUGGGGAGAAGCCUUAUGAAUGUAAUGAAUGUGGGAAGGCCUUCCGAAAUAGCACAUGCCUUACUCAGCAUCAGACAAUUCAUACUGGAGAGAAACCCUAUGAAUGUCAUGAGUGUGGGAAGGCCUUCCGAUUGAGUGCUUAUCUAAUACGGCAUCAGAGAAUUCACACCGGAGAAAAACCUUUUAUGUGUAAUGACUGUGGGAAGGCCUUUACUCAUAAUGCAGGACUUUCAUUGCAUAAAAGAAUUCAUGCUGGAGAGAAACCAUAUGAAUGUGAUGAAUGUGGAAAGGCCUUCCGCCGAAGAUCGGGGGUUGUUGAACAUAAGAUAAUUCAUACUGGAGAGAAAACUUAUAGCUGUAAUGAAUGUGGCAAGGCUUUCCGCUGGAGAACAGGACUCAUCCAACACCAGAGAAUUCAUACUGGAGAGAAACCUUAUAAAUGUGAUAUAUGUGGGAAGGCCUAUCGCUUAAGCAAAGGACUUACUCAACAUCAGAAAAUUCACACCGGAGAAAAACACUGUGUGUGUACUGAAUGUGGGAGUGCCUUCCGCCUGAAAAGACAACUUACUCAGCAUCAAAAGCUGCACAGUGGGGAGAAGCGUUACGAGUGUGAUCAGUGUGGGAUGAUCUUCUGCCAGAGCAGAACCCUUAUUCAACAUCAGAGAAUCCAUAGUGGAGAAAAACCUUAUGAGUGUAAUGAAUGUGGGAAAGCCUUUCGCUUAAAGACACGUCUGAAUGAACACCAGACAGUUCACACGGGUGAGAAACGCUUUGAAUGUGCUGAGUGUGGGAAGGCCUUCCGCCAGAAGACACAUCUUACUGAACAUCUCUCAGUUCACAGUGGUGAGAAGCCCUUUGAAUGCAGUGACUGUGGGAAGGCCUUCCGCUUGAGAACACAGCUUACUCAGCAUCACAUAAUUCACACUGGGGAGAAGCCAUACGAAUGUAACGUAUGUGGGAAGGCCUUCAGUCAAAGGACAGAACGCAAUCGGCAUUAUAGGAUUCACACUGGAGAGAAACGUUAUGAAUGUAGUGAGUGCGGGAGGGCCUUCCGCUUGAGCACACACCUUACACGGCACAAGAGGAUUCACACUGGGGAGAAACCCUAUGAAUGUGGCGAAUGUGAGCUGGCAUUCCGCCUGAGGGCACAGCUUACUCAUCAUCAGAGAAUUCAUAGCAGAGGGAAUGUUUAGGAGAAUUAUCCAUGAGGAGAGGGUGUUCUCCAAAACAAAUGCCUUUCUCACAUCUGUUAAUAAUGAAUAGAGAAAACUUGUCUGUAUAACAAAUAUGAGAAGCCUUUGAGCUAGAGCACAGAACUUAGGAAAUAUCAAGUCAUUCAUAUCAAAAAAACUAUAUGAAUAUAAUGAAUGUGAGGGUUAUAACUAGAGCUACCAACUUUUACUAAAAAUUAAAGAUCUUAUUUUAAAGAUUGCCUUUUUUUAAAGGCAAUCCUCCUCCCAACUUGAGGCAGCUAUCUGCCCAGUCUGCUUUAUCCGCAAGUUUCCUACCUACCUUUCUACCUAAAAGUUUCUUACACCUUUCUUCCAAAUCUCAAUGUUUACUGCAGUUGACUUAGAUACUUAAUAAAUUCUCUAAUCUUAGCUUCUUUCAUACUGAAGCUAAUGUGGAUGGAUUCUAACUUAAUUCUUUCCUCUCCUAUCUUAUUUCAGCCUAUGUACUAUCCUCCAUGCUGCCCACAGAUAAUCACAAAUGUUCUGUAUCCUUGAGAAACUUCAUUAAAUUUACCAUCCCUCAUAGCUCUUGCCCUAUAUCUUUCCUCCCUUUGACAGCUACUACCUUCUCAAAAUAUAUGCUACCAAAAUGCUCCAAAAGUAACUCCAAAACCCUGGAUUGUCUCCAAUAUUCCUCUCACUCAUCGGUCGCUUUCAGUGUUGUUUCCAACCUUCUUUGUUAGCUGAUGUGGAUAACUCCAAGAUUACUAGUGAUCUCUCAUUUGUUACCUUGGCCUUUCUUCAAUUCUCAGCAUUCUGUGGACCCCAGACUCUCUAUUCCACAGGUCUUUGUGACACUGGAUUCUCAUUUUGUUCCUCGGUCUCAUUUUCAGAAUCAUCAUCCAUGUCCAACCCUUAUCUUCAUGAGAGUAUAACAGUGAUCUGUUAUCUAGUUACACUCUCUCUUGGAUUUCUCAUCUCUUGCAUAGUGAAUUAAUAAAUCAGUGCACAUGAUUCCUAGAUACCUCUUGAAUUCCUUACCAUAUCUCUAACUGCAUGUUACACUUUUCUUAUUGGAUUCCCUAUAGAUCUCAUAAAUUCAUUAACAUGUCCCAAACAAAAUUUCAUUAUUUUUCCCCUAAAACUCUUCUUUCUAAGCUCCUCAUUUCCAUUGAGAGUAUCACCAUGCUUUGGGGGUGUUUAAUUGUGUCCAACCCUUUGGCGUUUUCUUGGCAUAGAUACCAGAGAAGUUUAUCAUUUUCUUCUCCAGCUCAUUUUACAGAUGAGGAAACUGAACCAGACAAGGUUAAGUGACUUGCUCAGAUUUAAGCUUGUGACUAUGUGUCUUCCUGACUGAACUUAUUGCUCUAUCCACUGGACCACCUAGUUGCUUCAUAGACUGCCAUUCUUAGUGUUAGCCAAAUUCACAAACUAUCAGUCAGUUAAGCAGUUUUGGCAUUUCUAGCUCUAUAAUAUCUCUCAAAUCCUCCUUCUUUGAGCUCAUAAUGUUCAGAUGAUGAACUCUUGGUGAAAUCUCCUAAUUGGUAUCCCUGCAUCCCUGAAGCCCUUUCCCAUACAGCUGCCAAAAUCCCAAAGUAUAAAGGUGCCCACGUCAUUCACCUCUCAAGGAGCUCUGGUGGCUCCCUUUUCCUUCCAGUUUCAAAUACAGACUCCUUGUCAGAAAACCUUUCAGGCUUCUGUCACAUUAUUCUUUUGGAUUUAAAUUAUGUGUAUUUUUCUUUUGUUUAUUUCUGUGCAUUUUGUUUUCUACCUGGUAGAAUGUAAGCUUCUUUAAACAGGAUCUGUUUAAUUUUGGUUUUUUUACUUCCAAAUUAGAAUUAGUUGCUGGCAUGUGCUAUGUUCUUGAUGCUUGAAUGACUGAAAUGAGGAAAUGGCAAACAUCUGCCCCCUCAAACGCUCUAGAUCUGUUAAAAUUGUCCACCAUUUUUUCUGACUUUGGGUCACAGAAAUAUCCCUUAACUAAAGUGAAUUCAUUUUUCUGCAGUCUUGAUCCCUCCCCUUCUCCAUCUUCAUUUUCCCUGUCAAAUGGCCCUUUCCCUUCUGCUUGUAUUUAUUAUUUAAUUAGGCCAACAUUUAACUUUAUUUUUUUAAUUUUUUUUUUUUUUUGGCUGAAGCAAUUGGGCUUAAGUGACUUGCCCAGGGUCACACAGCUAGGAAGUGUUAAGUGUCUGAAACCAAAUUUGAACUCGGGUCCUCCUGACUUCAGGGCUGGUACCCUAUCCACUGCACCACCUAGCUGCCCCAGACUAGUAUUUUAAGCUCUGUAGCCAGCAGGUAGGUCCUUGUGAUGGUCGAUCCCUCCCUUCCCACUCCAUAUAAAGACAGGAAUUCUUGGUUUGAUUUGGUAUGAUUUUGUUGGGCUUUUGUCCCCACUUAGUUCUCAGCACACUGUGUAGCAGGUUCUUGAUGAGCAUCUGAUACAUGUGUUCGCUUCCCUGAGCAGGUAGAAAAGUUCAGGAUCCCUUGAAAAAGAAGUUGCUCCAGUCAGGUCUGUACUUUUAGGAAGACGACUCUGGCAGCUGAGUAGGGCUUAGACUGGAGUAGGGCGAGACUGCUGGAGGGGAUACCAACCGAUAGCCUCCCGCAAUAGUCAUAAGGUUUAAGGUGAUGAGGAUUUGUACCAGGGCCGUGAGGAAAGCAGGGACGUCCAUGAGAGAGACCGUGGAGGUGCUCCGGAGACCUUAGCAACAGCUGAGAUAUGGGAUGGAGGAUGAUACCCAGGUUGCAAGCUUGAGUGAUUGGGAGGAUGGGCUAACAUCAACAAGUAAGGGUAAGGUUUGGAAGAGGCAGAAAAGGGUCGAGAGGAAAGCUAAUGAGUGCAGGUUUGAAUGGAUUGAGAUUUAGAUGUUUUUAGGAUAACUCAUUCAAGAAGGCGAAUUGGCAGUUGGAGAUGGGAGGCUAAGCGAGAGACUAAGCCCGUACAGGUAGAUGUAAGAAUGAUCAGAAUAGAGCCGAUAAUUGAAUUCAUCCCUUUUGGUUACUUGAGUACAAAAUAGCUACAAGGGAUAAGCUUUUACACGAAGUUUCUGGACUCCAAUAGACAACGCAGAAGCAUGGGGGCUUUGCUCCACUAAAUUAAGGUAUAAAUCCUACUGUUGCUAAGUAAAUCAAGUGUGUUUAAAAAAAAGAAGAAGAAGAAGAAGAAGAAGGAACAAGAGAAAAGGAAAAAAACCGUGCUCAUGGUCACCCAGAAGGAACCCCACCCCCCAAGCUGAGACUUGAAGGAAGGUAAAAGUGAGAAGGAAGCACAGCUCAGCGCUGGGAGCAACAGCUUCAGUGAGAAAAGAUGAGUGUUAAAUUUGGCGACUUUGGCUGGAAUGUAAAGUGCUUGAAAGGGUGUCAUGGGCUGCUGAGGUCGGAGAGUGGGUGGGAGUCAUCCUGCACAAGAGGAGAGACCCAGCAGUAAGCAUUAAUUUGGCACCUGCUGUGAGCCUGGCCUGCUAGUAUCAGCAGAUAUAAAAUUCCACCUUCAGGGGACUCUCAACCUAAGGGGGUAGGGGAGAAAACACAAAAGGGCCGCUGAAAGAGGGAUGGAGAGGUAGCUGGCAGGCCAGUCCCUAAAGGGCUUUUGCUCAGCAAAAAGUUAGAGGGACUGAGGAUGUGUCUCUCCCUAGACUGACAUAAACCUACAGAAGGAGGAGAUUCCUGGCCUCCAGAAGCAGCACAUUCAGACAGUUUUAUCCUAGGGUCCUUGGCCUCUUGUCCAGUUGGUUUUUAGCCAAGUUCAGCUCUUCAUGAGCCUCUUGGGUUUGUUGGCAAAGACACCCGAGUGGUUUGCUGUUUCCUUCUCAGCUCAUUCUACAGAUGAGAAAACUGAGGCAGGCAGGGUGAAAGGCCUUGCCCAGGCUCGCCCAAUAAAUGUCUGGGGUCACAUUUGAGCUCAGCCCUUCCUGACUCCAGGGCAGGCUCUCUGCCCAGCUGGCGUCUCCCUAGAGGAUAAAUUAGAGAAGUGGUCCAGGUGGGACUGGACGAGGGCUUUGGGCAGGAUGAGGAAGGGGAGAGGAUGGGACAUAUGCCAGAGAGGCUGUGGCAAGCUCCAGAUUUAGUCAGGCUGCCAGCUGUCCCUGCCCGCCUGACUGUGUCACUUUGCUGAUUGGGAAAAUCGGAGCUUUGGACUAGAUUGCCUCUGAAUCCUAGACCUGCUCGUGCCUAACUCUGACCAUUUUGUGGAGGAAGAAAAAUAACAAGCUGUGCUCUGCAUUUUAAAGUCUGUCAGGGACGCUGAUUUAUGAUGAACUUCUGGGAGACCUAGCAUUUCUCUUGGCAGUCAUGUGACUGCCUAAAGCAAUUCUCAAUGAACAUUUUAUUAAAAUAAAGUUUGAUGGAUGCCUCUUUUUAUAUCUUCCAUAAUUUUCCCAGUAUUGCUCCCCCUCUCAGAGAAACAUCCUAUAUGACAAUUGUGGUGGUUUGGGGGUUUUGUGGUUUUUUAAGAAAAAAAAAAAGAACCCAAAACAAGUGAUUGCUACAUAGAAAAAGUCAGAAAAGAUAAGCAGUGUUUAAUGGCUGUGGACUCCCACCUCGGAACGGUGGGUCAGGCUGCCUUCCCAGGCCUCUCCAGUGCAGCUGCUCUGCUCGCCACUCACUCUUUUUAAUAACAGUGGAAUGAAGCACCGAGAUUCCAUUGUCGGGGUUGCCAAGCAUGAUCCCCAGGGAACCUUUGUCAUUGCGGGGUUUCUUCAGAGCGAGUAGCGUGGCUAGUGGGUAGCAGGCUUUCUCUCCAGUUGUUCUUAACGCCUUUUAGCUAACGAAUACACAGGCUGUGAGGGCUUGCAUUCCCCCUCGCUUCGGAGACUCCCCCAAAUCACUAAUUCUGUAGCGUUGUCAGGUUUACAAAGCGCUUUAGGAUACUUGACCCAUUUGAGCCUUACAGUGACUUUAUGAGGUAGGUACAUUAUUAUUUCUGUUUUUCUGUGGAGACCCCAGCUCCAGCCUGCGUCCCCCUGUACCAGCCGGUGAUUGUGAGCCUGGUAUUCACAUCCCAAGUGUGGCGCAAAAUUCCAUCUGAGUGCACUACAGAGAACAUGCUCUGACCCUCCCGAGGCUUCUUGCUCAGUUCUCAGGGCUUCUAACGCUCUCUGUAGCACUGGGGCUGGUGAGGUUCUAGAAUCUCUAUUGCUUGUCAAAGCUUCGGUAGUAUACGAAUUACUCAUGAUCGCACUUCUGUGCUGCGUCUGACUCGAGGCCGUGUCGUGGUUAAUGAUCUUGUCCAGAGGAACUGGAUUGAGCUGCCUUCUUUCCUCUUAGGGAGUUCUUGCGUGAAGGCUGAGUUUCAUAUUCUAUACAAAUUUAUUGCUCUCCUGUUGUGUUUCAUGUUGUGGUUUUGAAGAAUGGAUAUGAUCUCCAAAAAGUGUGCGACACUUGGAGCUUUUAAACGAGAUACUUUGGUGGCUCUUCAUGACGUGGCAGAAGGUGUUUGGGGAAAUUGAAGCAUUUCCGCACUCGUUCAAGUGCACAAUGAAUAGGAUCGAUCACAUGAAGCUCGUGAAUUCAUAACAAGCAGAGUGAGCUGAUAGCUGAAGGAGCUCUGAUUCCUCCACGGAAGGGCUUCUUGCUGCUGCAACAACAGCAAAAAAGCUAGCAAAAAUGUGAAAACCGAAACUGUCAACUACGGCUUGGGAGACGUUGCGAAGACUAGAGAACUGAGGGUUCCAAAAAGGUGAUUUUUACAAAAGAAACACAGCUCACGUUUUCAUGCAAAGUUAAACCCAACUUUUGUCAUAAAAACUCUCGGAGACUCUGGGUAUCUUCAGAACAUCUAAAUAGCUGAAAAUAUCUUUGGGAUUUUUUUUUAACUCUUCAUGGACCCAGAAGUCUUUUGCAGAUGAAAGGAAUGAGGAAUGUUGAUGAAUAGGUUGCUAUCCUGAAAAGCAGAAUUCUGGAAGAAAUUCCUAACAGAAAAAGCAACAUAGUAUUAUAGCGCAAAGUCAUCCAAGAGAUGAAGAUAAUAAGCAUAUUUUAGUGGCCUGGAAAUCUGAUUGCUAGAAUUAAGACAUUCUUCAAAAGUAUAUUUAAGUGCAGUGGAUAGAGCACCAGCCCUAAAGUCAGGAAGACCUGAGUUCAAAUCUGGCCUCAGACAUUUUAACACUUCCUAGCUGUGUGAUCCUUGGGCAAGUCAUUUAACCCCAAUUGCCUCAGCCAAAAAAAAAAAAAAAGUAUAUUUAAAAUGCAAUGGGAUUUAAAAAAAAAACAACAUGAUUUUCUGAUGAAGACUUAAAGAAUGUUUAAAAUCUCAUCAACGAGAUAUGGAAAUGAUUUAGAGCAAGCAAUUAUGGCCAUGAGAUAUUGCAUAUUAAGAUGACUUAAGAUGUAAAACUUUGUAAAGGUUUAUACUAUAUAUGUCAAUAAACUUAAUUGCCUUAUUUUGUCCCAAGUAA